CGACAAUGUCCGAUACCGAUAUGCCGUACCUAUUAUCAGCCGGCCGGCAUGGCUGUAGUCGGCGUCCAGCAGUCUGUCAUUUUCCCUCAACGGCAGUCCCAAGCUUGGAGAGUACACACUUUCCCGGGGUCUCCCUGGAGCUGUAUGCUCAUCCGCCACCAUAUUAUCCUGAAGAUGACCGGGGCAUCUACCAAAGGACGCGUUCAUGACCCAGAUUGUAGAUCACCUUGAUGCCUCCAUAGCUCACCGAGUUCCCAUUCCUCCGACUAUGUCCACUAAUGUUUCUAUCGUCCUCGAUAAGCGACUUCUCUCCAGUACUGAACGUAUUGCCUAUGUCUGGACAGCUCAUAUCCAAGAUUCUUCACCCAGCGCUACCGGAUACCCAUCGACCAUGAUCGUAAAAAUCUAUGAUCCCGUUUAUUUCGGAGAGGCGCAGUACUUUGAUCCCUUUAGUUUCCUCGAUUUAUUCAUCUCGCGGGAGACACAGGCAUACCAACGUCUAAAACGUCUUUACAGGACGAAGGUUCCGCAUUUCUAUGGGCGCAGAGCAAUGCAAAUCUCGACCGAUGUUGACGAGAACACAGUCUAGGAAGGGAAGGAAAUGGAGAACCAAUGAAAUGCACAGGCCUGACAAAGUGUUCACCUGAAGUACGGUUCC